AACAGACAGUUCACUUCCGGUUUUAGAGCUGUAUUGAUAACUGGCUCGCAGGCAGAUUUGGCGUAUACCAAACCUGACUUCCUCGGAGUUUUAAUGUAUCUUUUGAGUUACUUUUACAGCAGGUGUGAAGGGAAGAGGCUUAUUUUACCGAGCAGAGGGGGGAGCGGGCGGCCGGACAGCUAGAGGUGAUGGCUCGCCUGCUCUUGGUGUUCCUCGUCGGGCUGCUGGAGGUCUCCGCCAACCGAGGGGGCUACCCUUACUUCACCGACGAGAUUCCGUUUAAAAUCACCUGGCCUGGCGCGGAGUUCACGCUGCCAACGUCAGGCGCGCUUUACAGCGAAGAUGACUUCGUGAUUAUGACAACAACAGAAAAAGAGAAGUACAAAUGUCUGCUGCCUUCUCUGACAUCUGGAGACGAGGAUGAUGAUAAAGGCUACACAGGUCCCAGUCCAGGUGAACUGCUAGAUCCGCUGUUCAAACGGAGCAGCUGCUCCUACAGGAUCGAGUCAUACUGGACAUAUGAAGUGUGCCACGGGAAGCAUAUAAGACAGUAUCACGAAGAGAAGGAGACCGGUCAGAGGAUUAGUGUUCAGGAGUAUUUUCUGGGUAAUAAGGCACAAAGGAGCCAGUCAGCAGAUAAGGAUGAAAGUGAAGAGAGAGAAAAUGCUAAAGCUGCACCGCAUUCAGAAGUGCCCACUAAAAACAUUGAAGGCCAGCUGACACCUUACUACUCCAUGGAGAUGGGGAACGGGAGUCCGUGUGUGCUGAAACAGAACGAGCCGCGCUCCACGUCCGUGUUGUACGUGUGCCAUCCCGACGCCAAGCACGAGAUCCUGUCGGUGGCUGAGGUCACUACCUGUGAGUACGAGGUUGUGGUGUUGACUCCGCUGCUUUGUGCACACCCAAAGUACAGGUUUAAGACCUCACCAGUGAAUGCCAUCUUCUGCCAGGCUCUGGAGGGCUCUCCUCUCAAGCCUCAACAGCUCAUCAAGUUGGACAAGGAGCAAGAGGAGAAGCUCAAACCGCCUUUCAGCACCGACUACAGAGAGGAGGACACGUCUCCAGUCAGGGAAGAAGCCUUCUCCUCCACUCAAAGACCCAUGACCGUGGGAGGGCUAACUCAGGUCACCGUCGGCACCGCACACAUCUCUCGUCUGACAGAUAACCAGCUGAUCAAGGAGUUCCUAAGUGGUUCAUACUGUCUGCAUGGGGGAGUGGGCUGGUGGAAGUACGAAUUCUGUUACGGAAAACAUGUCCAUCAGUACCACGAGGACAAAGAGCAUGGAAAGAACACUGUGGUGGUUGGCAACUGGAAUGCUGAGGAGCACGUUGACUGGGCCAAGAAGAACGUCGUCCGCUCUUUUCAGCUCAAAGAGGACGGGGUGCAGAAAGUCAAGUGGGUUUCUCACUUUUACGGCCACGGGGAUGUGUGUGAUCUGACAGGGAAACCAAGACAGGUCAUCGUCAAGCUCAAGUGUAAGGAGUCCGAGUCUCCACAUGCUGUCACGGUCUACAUGCUGGAGCCUCAGACUUGUCAGUACAUCCUCGGGGUCGAGUCUCCGGUCAUUUGCAGAAUUCUGGACACCGCUGAUGAACACGGACUUCUGUCGAUCUCCAGUUAGAUCCUGUAACAGGGGAAGUGUGUGAAGGAGAAAGAGGACACAGUAAAUGGAAGAGUCACCUAUAAAGCUGUGCUGAAAAGGUGAAACCAGAUUGUACGGCUGGACUGUAGCUGAGGCGCAAACCCGGGACAAGUCGCACCUCACCCGGCUGGACAGUGAGGUCACUGCCUGAACUCCAUGUCAGUGCUUCGGUUUGUGUUGAUAAACUGCAAGGACUGAUGGAUCAGGGGAUUUGGUAAUCAUCAGGGGAAUCAGCUUUGUUUAUGAUUGUUUUAUUGUGUGUGAGUGUGAGAGUGAGUGUGAGAGUGAGUGUGAGAGUGAGUGAGUGAGUGAGUGAGUGAGUGAGUGAGAGAGAGAGAGAGAGAGAGAGAGAGAGAGAGAGAGAUGACAGAACUGUCACUGCUCCAAGAGGCAAAGAGAGUGUGUGCUGUGUCAGUUUGCAGGAUGAGUGAGUGUAACUUAUGCGCGAGAGGCUACUGAGGAAAAGAUAAUCUCAAAGAUUUAACAGGUCUGCGGUUCAUGUAGGAGGUUUUCUGUGGUUUUAUGCGCACUGGGAGCCUUAUUGUUGUAUGGCGAGGGAAGAAAAACAAUGCAUUUGUUACAAAUAAAGUACAUUUAAAAUAUG